AUGGAGAGAAAAGGGAAGAAGAGGCGCCACGGCGGUAGGCACAGGGGCUGUCCGCGACCGAAUCUGUUUCAACCGGGAGAGUCUGUUGAGGAGGAGACUAUGGAAGGGGAGCUGGUCGAGCCUUUGCUCCAGGCCGAAGACGGCGGUGGUGGUGCGGAGGGCAGGGUGUUUCCUGCUGUUCCCAUGUGUGUGGGGGAGAGGCCUGCGGAUCUGGUGGCUGCGGCGUGGAGAGGUCGCGAGCGUCCGGCUCCUGGGCCUGCCAUUGAGGAGGCGGCUCUGACGGCUGUGGCAUCUCAAGAGUGCCCUGGACGGAUGAUGAGGAUUCCCGAUGCGGCCGAGGCCCGUCAAGGUGAAGGAUGUAGCAAGGCUUGA